AUGACUACUUUAUUCACUAUAGGUGCAGAGUACGAAAGGGAGAGGCUAGAACGUAUUGAACAAAAUCGUGCUAUCUUAGCAAAGCUUGGUUUGGAUAGUGAUAAUUUGCGUAAAUUAUCACUUAAAAAACCUAAACCCGUUAAGAAAACGUAUAUCGUUAAUAAUACCCCUGAAAAUAACAACGGAAGCAGUGAAGGCGAGCAAGAAAAACGAAGACCUUCUCGUCUUCCUAAACCUUCCAAGACAUCACGUGACUCACCUCAUAAAAUUAGAUAUGUAGAAAAAUCCUCCUCUAGAACUUAUAGAAGAAUGGCUUCGCGUAACCACCUCGGCAGGAGAACUUAUGGUGGUCGUAUUUAUGAUUCUGAACAUGGUACAACUUGUCAUCAAUGUCGUCAGAAAACAAUUGAAGAUAAGGUUCAAUGUACCAAUGUUCUUCAAGAUGGAUCGUUAUGUAAAGUAAUGAUGGAUGAGCGAUGUUUGGUCGGCAGAUAUGGACAAACCUUACAAGAUGCACGCGAAUCAGGUGAAUGGAGUUGUCCCAAAUGUAGAGACGUAUGUAACUGUUCUUUUUGCAGGAAAAAGAAAGGUUUGUCUGCUACAGGCAUUCUUAAACAUGUCGCCUUGAAAGCAGGUUACAAUUCUGUUAUGGAAUAUUUAGGUGAUGCUUAA